AUGAAGCACCAACAGUUCCGAGGGUACAGGAAGUACCAACAGUUCCGAGGGUACAGGAAGUACCAACAGUUCCGAGGGUACAGGAAGUACCAACAGUUCCGAGGGUACAGGAAGCACCAACAGUUCCGAGGGUACAGGAAGCACCAACAGUUCCGAGGGUACAGGAAGCACCAACAGUUCCGAGGGUACAGGAAGUACCAACAGUUUCGAGGGUACAAGAAGCACCAACAGUUCCGAGGGUACAUGAAGCACCAACAGUUCCGAGGGUACAGGAAGCACCAACAGUUCCGAGGGUACAGGAAGCACCAACAGUUCCGAGGGUACAGGAAGCACCAACAGUUUCGAGGGUACAAGAAGCACCAACAGUUCCAAGGGUACAUGAAGCACCAACAGGUCCGAGGGUACAGGAAGUACCAACAGUUCCGAGGGUACAGGAAGUACCAACAGUUCCGAGGGUACAGGAAGCACCAACAGUUCCGAGGGUACAGGAAGCACCAACAGAUGACACAAACCAUUGCUAACAAGGAAGAAGCGUCGCCCCGCCAAGUGGUAAUUAACCACAUACUAACUGCUUACACGAGAGAGCAUUAA